AUGUAUAACAAUAGCAAUAAUUUAAUUCCUGGGACUCCGCCUCUGUGCAGCUUGAACGGCGUUCGAAAUGUUCCAAUCUGCAUGAAGGGCAUAAAAAUUAGGAACAUAUCCCCCGUGUGCAAUAUUAAUUACAAAAAAAUGAACUCGAAAAAAAUGCGAGAACAUGCCAACGGGUAUAUAAAUUCAAUUAGCUCCUUUUGGAGUAGAAAUAAAUUUCAAAAUGGAAGUAAAAUAAUUAACAAGAAAGAAUAUGUCAGGAAUAAUAUGGGUCAUCCCAAAAGGAUUAAGUCUUUAAAACAGUAUAGAUGCAUACCGAGGAAUUUUGGUACAAUAGGUACUGCUGUUCCCUGCUCCUAUAAAUCUGAUAGACCCCGUCACGGAUGCAAAAUGAAAUCAACAGAGAAAAUUUUCUCAUUAAAAGUGAGUAAUCACACGGAGGGACAAAGGAAAUGUGAUGGUAAAGACCACUGUGUUAGCAGCUUUGCUCAAGAGCGAGACUUGGAUGGCCCCUCAAGUGGAGGUCAUAGUGGAGGUCAUAGUGCAUGUCAUAGUGCAAGUCAUAGUGCAUGUCAUAGUGCAGGUCAUAGUGCAGGUCAUAGUGCAUGUCAUAGUGCAAGUCAUAGUGCAUGUCAUAGUGCAAGUCAUAGUGCAGGUCAUAGUGCAGGUCAUAGUGCAUGUCAUAGUGCAAGUCAUAGUGCAUGUCAUAGUGCAGGUCAUAGUGCAUGUCAUAGUGCAGGUCAUAGUGCAUGUCAUAGUGCAGGUCAUAGUGCAGGUCAUAGUGCAGGUCAUAGUGCAGGUCAUAGUGCAGGUCAUAGUGGCCGUCAUAAGUGCCCUCAGAAUGGUGGCUCGACGCGUGCCCCGACUAACCAACAGAGGUGCUUCGAAAAAGAAGGGCCUGCGAAGAAAAAUUCCCAAGAGGAGAGUUCAUCAAUAAGCUUGAAGAUGUUUGAUAAGACAAAGGAGAAUUAUAAAGCGGCAGGAUAUUUAAUUAUCAAGACAGAUGUAGAAGAGAAUCCAGAAAAUAAUGUUAACAAGAGAACAAAUAAAAAUAACAUCAAUGUGAAAAUAUUGUUGGGAUAUGACCCUUUGAAAAAACAAGGAAAAGAACCAAUUAUGAAACCUGAUGGAGGAUUAGAGAGAAAAGGAGAAUUAAAUAUCCCUGGUGGAAAGAAGAAUAAAGAAGAUUAUUGUGAUCCACUUGUUACUGCUUAUAGAGAGUUUAGUGAAGAAAAUUUAUAUAUUUACAAUAUGUUUUUAUCAUAUUUUAGUUAUUUACACUACAUCAUGAAAGGUAUUACAUAUGAGAAUGAAGCUGAAGAAGAAACCAAAGCAAUGACUCUUCCUUUAUCAGAAAUGUAUGAACAUUUUCUACGAAUAAAUUUUCUGCAUGAUAUAUCCAAAAAGAGUAUAGGAGAAAAAAAGAAAAUUAUAAAUUUACAUAUAAACAAUUUUAUGUUGUACUUUAAAGAAAAUUGCUUAAAUAUCAAAGAGAAUCAUGAGGUUAUAUAUAAGUGUUCAUAUCCCCCAUCAUAUCAUGAAAAAUGGAAUCCAACACUUGAGAAUAUACACAAAGAAAUAAGCAUGUACACGAAAGUAAAAAAUGACGAGAUUAACAAUUUUAAACUUUAUUAUUCUCAAGGGAAAUAUAGUUUGUUUUUUUUUAAUGUUAUUCAAUAUGAUUGUAAAAAUAUGUUACAUUAUUUAAAUAACUAUUUCUGGCAUAAUUACACAACUUUCUUUUAUAUCUUAUUAAAUGAAAAUAUGAAUUAUUUGGUCAAGUGCAGAGAAAAUAGUAGAACCCAGUAUGCACCAUAUUUAUUUGAUGUCAAUGAAAUAAAAAAAAAAAUAAAUUCAGAUUUUUAUCACAAUUUAAUGCAUGUUGAAAAUUUCAGUGAAUCCAAAUAUGGAAAAAACAAAAACGAUACAAUUUACACGCAUGCGAAUACGCAACAUUUGGAAAGUACCCAAUUAGACACUGGUUACUUGAAUGAUGUUAUAUGGUUUGAGUUUUCGGAUUUGCUUCUCUACUUCAUCAAGAAUUGCAACACUGUUGCAAUUGUGCAUUAUUUAUGGCAAAUCUUUGAUGAGAUCCUAAGUAAGCAGUACUCUGACCAGGUGGGGGAUCCUCAGCAUUACAUUGAUACUAUUCAAAACAAACAUGAAGCUGAUCAAGAAGAUGAGAGAAGACAACCUCAGUUUGUUUUUGUCAACCAUGGUACUCUAAAAUUGACCAGAAGUAUCAUCUCCAACAUAUGUCAUCUGUAUGGAGAUAUUUAUAAGAAAUUGAAGAAAUUAAUACAACAAAACAAAUAUGACAUUUUUCUCAUUCUUUUCUUUUCUCCCUUUAACACUAAAUUGAGUGUGCACAAUAUGAAAACCAAGCACCCCAGUUGUCAUGCACCCUUUAGGAAGUUCUUCCUCUGCCUCGUGAAUAAUCGAGACUUUUGGCUUUUCCUUUUUUUGAACUUUAUGGGAAAUAUUCCCGUUGUAUAG